AUGGUGGAUGGUGAUACGUGCGACGUAACGUUUGUCGUGACGUCCGUGGCGUCGGCUCCUUCCAGCUCUGAAGGCCUUAUUCCACAACCGGCUGGUACACCAGAGCGGGCAAGACCAAGGACUGAAACGCUAGAACAAGGCUCGCAUAGAGGCGACAACUGCAGUGGCAAGAAUGUCUCGGGUGCUGGAAUCGCCGAUAGUGACACAGCUGGGAGCUGUGAAAAUAGGGAGAGGCACCGGGGCGAGGGCCAAGAGGCCUUGGCCGGAGGAGCAGGGGGGGGAACAGGCGGAGGAGAGCUGGAAAGCGACAGGGAAGGAGCGGAUAAGCUAACCCAAGGAACAACGGACGUCGGCACAGCAGCGGUAACUACCUCCGGUUCUGUGUCAUCCACGAAGUUGAGCUCCUGUUCUCCUGCUCACGAUACCUCAGGCAACACCAGCAGCAGCCUGGGCACUACCAGUAGAGAGUUCAGGUGCCAUCGUGUCUUGUUCGCCUCGUGCUCGGCGUACUUCCGCGCUCUGCUGUACGGCGGUAUGAGCGAAUCGGAGACGAGGAGGGUCGAGUUAAGAGACGUCACGCCGGAAGGGUUUGAGGCCAUCAUGAGAUACGUCUACACGGGAAAAGUUAGCGUGGACGCGGCCAACGUGAUGGACAUUUUUUCGCUGGCGCACCGGUUCGGGAUGGGCGAACUCCUGAAAGCUUGCGCGGAAGUCUUGGACGAGUGCAUGAACUGCGACGAUGUUUGCCGGGUGCUGGAGGCGGCGGAGUACUACGGACACGACGAACUUGCGGCCAAGUGCUGGGAUCUCAUCAAGGACAACACGCCCAGGGUGUUGAAGAGCGAGAGCUUCCUGGAGCUCCGGUGUCAACAGGUGCUGAGCCUUGUGAGGGAGGGAGAGCUGCAGGUGAAUGAGGCCGAGCUCUUCAAGGCGGUGCAGGCCUGGGUAUCGAGAGAUACGGCCGAGAGGCGACGUCACGUUGAUGAGCUGUCUCGCCACUUUCGCCUCCCGCUCAUGUCCCUGAAAGAGCUCAUGUCGGUCGUUCGGCCGACAAACCUGAUCGCCGCAGACGCGAUCCUCGAUGCCGUCACGUACCACGCCGAUCCGACAAGGUGGACGGGCGAUUGCUUGACGGCGCGGCCACGCGGGAAGAGGCUUGCCUGGGACGCGUCAAGCCUUGCUGCGGGAGCAUGGACGGCCGACGACAACCGGACAGGUCUGGGUUUCAUCGGUGGUCCGUCCGAGCGAACAAGAUCGGCCGAACCGAGAAGUGGAGCGCUUGGGCAGCCAUCGUCGGAAUCGCCCGACCGCAUUCGCAGAGCCCUUGAAGUCGUCGCCGGACACUCGACUUUACGAAACGCCUUUUCGUGUUCUACGGGGUGUCCCUCUACAGCCCGACCGUACCUGCCCGUUACCGGCUUCAUCGCCGGCACGGGCAGCAGCAAGCUCGGCGGCAACACGGCCGUGGACGAGUACUCCUCGACCUCGAUCACCGACGGCGACGUGGUGACGGUGAUGUACGACGCGGACGGGGGCGUCGUGACGUUCUUCGUCAACGGGACCAGCCUCGGGCAGGCCUACUCCGGUCUGUCGGGCCCCAACGUGGCAGCGAUCGCCGUCAACGCGGCGGGCGCGCAGUGGGAGUGCGUCGACUGCUAG